AUGGCUGCAUGGAGGUGUUCAUUGAAAGCACAUUUGCUGCGGUUACCGAACAUGAAUUCACAUUGUGGAUUUUCUGUGGCAAGAGUCGCUAAUGAUAAUAUUUUUGUCCGGGAUAAAGACUCUCAUCUAAGAAAAGAAAAUUUGGGUUCGCUUCAGAUUAAAAAUAUACAUGGCCCUGAAGGGACCUGUUUUGAGGGGGGAGUGUUCCCAGCAAAACUAAUUUUCCCACCAGACUAUCCACUAAGUCCACCAAAAAUGCAGUUUACAUGUGAGAUGUUCCACCCUAACAUAUAUGCAGAUGGAAGGGUAUGCAUUUCUAUUUUGCAUGCUCCUGGAGAUGAUCCUAUGGGAUAUGAAUCAAGUGCUGAGCGAUGGUCUCCUGUACAAAGUAACCAAAUGACGAAAGUGGUGCAAAUGUUGAUGCAGCUAAAAUGUGGAGAGAAAAUAGGGAAGAAUUUAACAAAAUAG